UGUUUUAACUCUUAUUCUUUUCAGGUUACUGCAAACCGCCUCCUAGCUUCUAAACAAACCAUCCCACAUUACUACUUGACAGUUGACACACGUGUCGACAAACUUAUCAAGUUACGAGGGGAACUGAACCCACUGCAGGAAGCAUCUGGUGGAAAGAAGAUAUCUAUUAACGACCUUGUUAUAAAGGCUGCAGCCUUGGCUCUUCGAAAGGUCCCUGAGUGCAACAGUUCUUGGAUGAAUGAUUUUAUUCGCCAAUACCACAAUGUAAACAUAAAUGUAGCUGUACAAACUGAGCAUGGAUUGUUUGUUCCAGUAGUUAGGGAUGCAGACAAGAAGGGACUUGGUACAAUCGGUGAGGAGGUGAAGCAGUUGGCUCAAAGAGCAAGGGAUAACAGCUUAAAACCACAAGAUUACGAGGGUGGCACGUUCACAGUAUCAAACUUGGGAGGUCCUUUUGGAAUUAAACAGUUCUGUGCUAUUAUAAAUCCUCCUCAGUCAGCAAUCUUGGCCAUUGGUUCUGGUAAGAAGCCGUGUUACACUUUCGUCAU